UUGGAAUCGAUGACAGAAAUAAUGUUUGACGUGGAGUCGUCGACGAAACAGUUUUAACUAGCGAAGAAAUCGAACAACUCAAAUCGAUUAUGAACAAAGCUACAGCAGACGAAGAUAGUACUGAUGUCAAUGAUGUCAUUGAAAAAUUGAUAGAAGAUUUGUUGGAUGCUGCGGUGUGUGGUGACGAUACGUUGGCUGGCGGAGACGAAUCGUCAUUGCAAGAGUUUGAAUAGAAGUCUGAUCCUGGUGCGUAGCCGGUCGAGUAUUCCGACCACUCGCGGCGCGACAGGUUCGUAAACGUCGAAUGUUUGGUGGCCGAUACGAUGGACCUUCUGCACGCGGCUAGGUGGGCAACUUUGGUCGCGAUACGACGCAUGACUACAAGGCGGUUAGCUGUACCGGCGAAGACAAAACGGAUUCCGCCUCGACCGCAGUACCGACGACAAUGCGGCGAUAAUAUGAUGGCGACUGGUUAGGGUGGCAGUGGAGACUUUAACACGAGAAUGAAUAAAAAAGUGGACCAGAAAAAUAAGCCAUUAAGUACUGCACAAAAAAAACAUAGACCACUAGGUGUUCUUACGCAAGGUAGUGUUCCAAGUCGAUCUGCUAGUAAUUCAAAUUUAGCUAAUAUUAUCAAUACUCCAAAUAAUAAUACACCAAAAACACCAAAAAAUGUGAAUCACCGAUCCAAAAGUAAUUUAACAAUAAAAGAAAAUAGUGCUGUUAGUCGGCUCAAAAAUUUUAGUUCCAAUGUUACCUUAGAAAGAAAUGGCAGUAUGCCAAAUUUAAAUGCAACUGGUAAUAGAUUACAAUUGGAUAAAACUACCAAGCUAAGGUUUGCAUACGACAAAUAUCUCAGCAGCUUAGAAGCAAAAUAUGUGUUUCAGAUGAUUGAAAAAAAUAUAUCUUCAAAUAUUAAUAAACAAAAAAAGGUUUUUAGAGAUGAAUUUGAUAUUCUCAAAAAUCAAUUAGUUACUUUAAGUAAAGAAUUAGAAUCAAUAAAUGAAUUAAAAAUUGAAAAAAAAUUAAUUGACCAAAAAUUUGAAGUACUUGAAAUGCUCAAUAAAGCUAUUGUGUUUGAUGAUUCAGAUGAAGAAGUUAUGUCAUUGUUUUCUAGUACGGCAUCCAAGGUUGUUAUCAAGAAUUUUAAACAAAUGGAUGAAGAUGAUUUAAAUGCUGUUAAGAUUCUGCUGAAUGAAAUUAUAGAACCAUUGAAACUACUUGAUUAUGAAAAUAAAAUAAAUGCACGUAUUCAAUUAAAAGAUUCACUGAUUAAAGUAGCAAUGUUAACUAAAGAAUUAGAUACAUUAAAAUUGAAGUGUGAAGAGCUAUUUGAUGAACAAAGUAGUUUGCUGAAUUAUAAUAAAUCAUAUAAAAUACUAAAAGAUCAAUUUGGAGAAAAUCCAGACACAAAUUUACUGCCAACAAAAAGUAGCUUAGUGGAAGAAGUUGAAAAUGUAUUAAAUGAAAUAGAAUGUACAUAGGAGAAUGGAUAAAACACCUUAAUGAAGAUCUAAUGAACUUGGAUCAAUGACCAAGUAUUAUAAAAGAAACUAGAAAGAGAAAACUAAAAUGAGUUGGAUAUGCCUGGAGAAAAGGUAAUUUGGAAGUCGGUUGAGAAGACUGUUAGGUAGCCAGUGGACCACACUUAAGAUGAGAAGACAAAAUAAAAAAGAAGUAGAAGCAGUAGAACUGAACAGACUUUAAGAGAGAGAUGGUAGCAAAUUUUUUUUAAAGGCUAAAACUUAGACUAGAGAAGUGCAUCAUGCAUAUUUUGCUUACAUACUAAAUUCUAAAUGGGGUGAUCAUUUUAUUGAUUUUUCAAGUAUAUAAAUACAUUGUUAUAUUAAUGUCAGUAUACGCUUUUAAGAAAAUAAAAAAUGAUAAUUAAAAGGAAAGAAUACAUGAAAAACUGAAAUUCUUACACAAACCUACAUUCCAAAAAAAAAUUGAUUUAGUUUCAGUGAUGACAUAAUAAACUUGUUAAUUCGUCUUAAUUUUUGACUAUAUUUUAUAUUUAAAAAUAUACUAACAUAUUUCCUCUAACAAAAAUUAUUGUUAUUUUGUUGAAAUUCAAAAAAUAUUGAAGAAACUUGAAACUUAAAACAUUCUUCUAUUCUAUAAGUUAUUAUUACCCAUUCACAAAUAAAUUUUAAAAUAUUUUGAUUAAUUUUAAACAUUUGAGUAUAUUUUAAUGAAUUUAUUUAAGUUAUUCUAAUGGUAAUUUAAAAUUAUUGAAAAUAAGUGUACACAAUUAUUACUUAAAAUAAUAUUUUCUUAAUUUGAAAACAUAAAACCAAUUGUUUUUAUUUCCUUAUUUUAAUGGAAGAAUAUUUCAGUCUAUAAAAAGUAAAUUUA